AUGAUUUAUGAGAAAUCAUCUUUUAUAUCUUCCUCAAAAUAUAAUAGCUCUAGAUAGGAUUACAUGGAUAAUAUAUUGUAAAAAUAAAAUUUUAAUAAUAAAAAGUGACAAUAUUAGUGAUCGAAAUAGUGCAAAUGAUUUAAGAAAACUUGGGGUUAAAAAUAAACAUAAAAAAAAAUUCAAAAGACAUAGCCGAGUUUUUGAUGAUGAUAAUCUUCAAAAAGAGAAACGUGUGUUCAAAUAAAGUUUACAAAAGCUAUAUGAGGAGUCAUUUGUAAAAAAUAUAAUAGAAAACUCAUAUAUAAAAAAAAUAGGCUCAUUAAGUACUUAUCAAGUUUAAGUACUUGAUGAUCUUUAAUUUGGAACAGAUAAAUAAAUAGAUGAUAUUGAUAAUGUAUUUUACAGUUUCUUUUCAAGUUAUUUGGAUAAGAUUUCUGUAAUUUAUCCUUAGAGCAAUUUUAAAAUAUUUUGGAAUACUAUUUAAGUAUUGACAUUCAUUAUUAUAUUCUUUUGGUUACCUUAUAAAUUAGCAUUUGAAACUAAUUAUAUUUCUUAAUUUUAUGAUGUUGAAAAAAAUAUGAAUAUAGAAAUAGCAUUAUUUGGAAUAUGUACAUUUGAUAUAAUAAUAUGUUUGAAUGAGGCUUACAUUCAUUAGGGCAUAAUUAUAAAGUAUAAAUAAACAAAAUAAUUAAGCUAGAGAUAUCAUAUAAUUAUGAAUUAUUUAAAAACUACUGCAAUAGGAGAUAUGAUAAGUGUUUGUGCAUUACUUUAUGAAUUAAUAAUAGUGCAUUAUUAUGAAAAUUAGUUUAUAUCCAUAUAAAUAAUAUUAUGUCUAAUUUUUGGUUUGAUAAAGACUUUUAAGAUGAAAUAAAUUUUUAAUUAGAUUUAGGAAUACUUUAAUAUUAAGGGUGUAUUAAAAGAUUGUUUAUAAAUGACUCAAAUAAUAUGUGGAUUACUUUAUUUUAUACAUUUAAUAGCUUGUAUUUGGCAUGGAUUAGGAUAGCCAAUAAAUAAAAAUACUUGGUUAGAUAUAAAUAAUUUGAGGGGAGCAAAUGAUAGUUUAAGAUAUGCAGAAUCAUUAUAUUGGGCUGCAAUAUAUCUUACAAAUGUAGGUUCAACAGAGAUUAAGAUAGCUAAUAGUGAUGAGAAAUAUUUUGCUGUAGUUAUAUCAUUUCUAUCUUUGUUUAUUAUGAGUGUUAUAAUAGUUUCUUUGGGUUUCUUUUUCCAUAAAUCAUAAAGAAAUUAAAUAUAUUCAGAAUCUAUGAAAUUGAUGAAUAAUUUUAUGUCAAUAAAUAAAAUUGAUUUUAAUUUAUAAGUUAGAAUUAGGAAUUAUUUAGAUUAUAUUUGCAAAGUAAUUUAAUGGAUUCUAAAUUAGGCAGAAUAAUCAAUGAUUGAUGAAAAUGUAUCAAAUAUUAUAAACAAAUUAUCAGAAAGAUUAUAAGCAGAACUGAAACAUCAAUUAAGAGCAUCUAUUUUAGAAUAAUGUGAUUUUAUUAAGAGGAAUUUUUCAUUGAAAUUUUAAUAAGCAUUAGUUCCAUUUAUGGAGGAAAUAAAUACAAUACCUGAAGAGAGAAUAGUUGAAAUGAAUAAUAUUGAUGAUUGUUCAAUAUAUAUAAUUAAUAAGGGAGAAAUGGAAGUAGUUUUUGAAGCUAAAAAUAAGAUGAAUGUUAAAUUUAAGAGAAAUAAUAUAAAAGUAUUAGAAGUAUUAAUUGAUUUUUUUUGAUUUAGAGAAAGGAGAAUAUUUUGGUUUUUAUAGUUUUAUUACAAAUCAAGCUAGAACAGCAACAGUUGUAAGUAAAGGAUUUGGAAAACUAUUUAAAAUAUCCAGAGAUAAUUUUGUAAAUCUUUUAGAUUAAUUUCCUGAUGAAAGAGAAAUAUUUUAUAUGAUUAAAGAUAAAGUGAUAAUAAAUUAAGAUUUAUCAGAUUUACAAAUAAAAUGUUAUGGUUGUAAAUCGAAUUUUCAUAUGGUAAAUUAUUGUCCAAUUUUACAUUUUAAUCCAAAUUAAGAUAGAGUAAUAAAAUAAUCACUUUAUCCGCAUUAAUAGGAACGAGAUGAUCCAUAUUAGUAAAUAUAAAUUGAUAAUUUUAAGACCAAGAAAAUCUAAGUUUAUAAAUGCUUUAUUACAGCAAUAAAUAAUAGAAUAAAUAGCAAAAGAAUAUUAAAUGUAAAUGUUUUAAGAAGAAACUUAGGAAGGUACAUAAGCAACACAUAUUCUAUUAUAAGAUGAUGCAUCUGAUACUGACAGUCGAAGUAUUAUUUAAUGAUUAAGUUUAGCAUAUUCAUAGAUGAGAACAAGAUCUGUAUCUAGAGCAAAUACUCACUCUAUAAUAUCUAUGUAAUAAUAAUCAUCUAAUUAUAAACUUAAUUAACCUCAUAUGCCAUAAUAAAUGGUAGUUUAAUAAGGGAAUCUUCUACCUUAAGUUGAUGAAGAUGAAGUUGAAAUGAUAGAAGAUUAAGAAGUAUAUCCUAACUUUGAUGAAUAAAUGAACAAUAGAAAAGAAUUUAAUAGAAAAAAUGAUCCUAAACAUACUGUAGAAACUGCAGGUUUUGGUAAUUAAUUUAACAAAGUUUCUAAUCAUGAUUAAGAUCUAUAAAAUUCUAUUGAAUCAGAGGAAGAAGAUGAAUAUCAAGAAGAAUCAAAUGAUUAGCCAUAAUAAUAAAUGGCUAAAUCAAUUUCUAAAGGAUCUCAAAGUCCAUAAAAUUCUGUUAACUAAACAAAAAAUAUCUAAUAAAUGGCACAGAAAGUUACCUUUAUUAAUUAAUCUUCAACAUAAUAAUAAACAAAUGGAACUUCAUCUAAUGUUAGACCUCGAACUUCUAUCAAAAGAGCAACUACUCGAACAAAUAAUACUGCCAUUAUUUUUGAUAAUGUUUUAGCAGCACUCUAAGAAAAUUAAAAUUUUAUUAUUUAAUUUGUAAAUUAUUAUACAUAUAUAGCCUAUUAUUACAUUUCCAUCUCUUGGAGAUUUUGAUAAAAUUAUGUCCUUUAGAAAAUAUUUCCCUUAGCAUAACAUCUCUGCUGUUUUGAAGCUUGUUCACAGAUAACAAAAAUAAAUUGAUCAUUUCCCAAUUUUCUCCCUUUACUCUUUUAUCUAUACAGCUAUCUGUAGAGGAAAAGAUUUAAGAAAAAAGGCAGAACUAGCAAAAUAAUAGUAAAAACAUGUGUUAUAUUUUCCUAAACCUAUUAAUAAACCUUAAAAAUAUUUUAAGUAUUAUUUUAUUAUAAACUUAUAGGAAAUAAAUUACUUAAAGAUAGGUUUGA